CCCACAAAAGACAUAAAAGCAGGCAGCUGUGCCACCUGAGUGCACAUCUGCUCUUCUCCUGUGGAGUUGGCUUUGCUCUUUCUUGCUGUGCAGUGCUGAGGAGUAGGUCCACCCUCAGGCUGUUGCUUCUUAACACUGCUGGUCUUCCCGGCUACUCAGGAAUGGAGAAGGUGGUUGCUUGUCCAUACAAAAGGCCAGAUGCUCUCUAUAGGUUGAUAUGCUUUCCAUGGGCUGGAAGUGGAGCUUCUCAGUUUGCUCAAUGGGGCAGCCUCUUCAGCAGUUCAAUUGAAGUGUCCUCUGUAAACCUUCCUGGAAGAGAUUCUCGUCAGGGGGAGCCUUUUGCAAAAGACAUGGCACAUGUAGUUAAUGAAAUUUCAAGUGUUUUGUUAAAAGAACUGCAAGAAAAACCAUUUGCAUUUUUUGGUCACAGCUUUGGAUCAUAUGUUAGUCUUGCAGUUGCACUACACUUGAAAGAAAAGUAUGGACUAGAACCAAUCCAUCUUUUUUUAUCAGGGGCACCCACCCUAAACUCUGAAGCAUUUACUUACCUCAAAACCGCACAUGGUGUAAAAGAUGAAGACCUUCUUGCAAAUCUAGAAAUUUUAGGAGGAACUCCUUUUGAGUUUCCGCAAAAUAAAGACAGUAAGAAACAUCUGAUAAAUACUCUCAAAGAAGACUCUAGAGUACUUCACACAUGGUCUUUUGAGAUGGCAGAUGGGAAUAGCCCCUUCUCUUGUGAUAUUACCUGCUUUAAUGGGUCUGAAGAUCAGCAAGCACGUGAUUUAGAAGCCUGGCAUGAUCUAACAAGUGGAGAUACUUCCUUCUACAAACUUCCUGGAGGUCACUUUUAUCUGCUGGAGCCCUCUAAUGAAAUUUUCUUGGUAAAACUUAUAACAAGAUAUAUAGAACAUGCUGGCCUAUGAGUAUUUCCCUCUAUUUUAAUGGCAGACAGUGUAAGAUUAGUCCACAGCAGUUCAAAAUAAGUCAUUCUUUCUGUACAAUUGCAUGCAGUUAUGCCUAAGAGUUGUUUUGUUCCUCCUGUGUAAUCUUUUAGAAGAGGGAGGUUUUUUUAUUUUUUUGAAAAUAAACAUUGGCUUUGGGUCUUAAAAAUAAAACAGU